GAGCUGUUGGGCGCUUGCGCAGUGGCUCUGUGGGAGCUCGGCGCUGCUGGCUGCGUGUUGGACGCGCCAUGGACGACGAGGAGGAGACUUACCGGCUGUGGAAGAUCCGCAAGACCAUCAUGCAGCUGUGUCAUGAUCGGGGCUAUUUGGUGACCCAGGAUGAAUUGGAUCAGACCUUAGAAGAGUUUAAAGCCCAAUUUGGUGAUAAGCCCAGUGAAGGGAGACCACGGCGGACUGACCUUACAGUGCUGGUGGCCCAUAAUGACGAUCCCACAGAUCAGAUGUUUGUCUUCUUCCCUGAGGAGCCCAAGGUUGGGAUAAAGACAAUCAAGAUGUACUGCCAGAGAAUGCAGGAAGAGAACAUCACCAGGGCUCUGAUUGUGGUGCAGCAGGGCAUGACUCCCUCAGCAAAGCAGUCAUUGGUGGACAUGGCUCCCAAAUACAUCCUGGAACAAUUCCUGCAGCAGGAGCUGCUGAUCAACAUCACAGAGCACGAGUUGGUUCCAGAGCACGUGGUCAUGACAAAGGAAGAAGUAACUGAACUACUAGCCAGAUAUAAACUGAGAGAGAACCAGCUCCCCAGGAUACAGGCUGGAGAUCCUGUGGCCAGGUACUUCGGAAUAAAGCGAGGGCAGGUGGUCAAGAUCAUAAGACCUAGUGAGACUGCAGGGCGAUACAUCACCUACCGACUGGUUCAGUAGUCUGUGCUGUACAUCAGAUUCUCUUUCUUCCAGGUAUGGAAGAGGAAUCCUGUGUUAUCUGAUCUACGCCCUGUCGGCUCUCUGGGUUGUCUGUCAUCUUAAAUCCAGAUCCUUGACUGUGAUUUCAAGUCAUAGCACUAUUGCAGGGCCUUAGUCUUCCUUUGCGCUCGCUUACCUCUCUCUCACUCCCUGGAGGCCUCCUGCCUGGACUGAAGCUCAGUGCAAUGGGCUAUUUAAUUUAAUUUUGAACGGAAUUUUAUUUUAAUAAAGGUUUGUGCUACACGU